UCAGCAGACAUAUUUUGAUCAUUUGAGGUGGGGGGCGCAGGAGAGUUUUCACAGGCGUCAGAUUUGUGGAGGGAUGCUGAGGGUGACUUCAAAAGUUUGGGUGUACCUGUGUACCUCUCUCUCACUCAAGCACACACACACCUCCUCCUCGUGCGCGGGGUUGUGUAACAACAGUGUGUGCACGUAGAGCAGGCAGGUCCUCCCCACUGCUGCUGUUGUGAAGCCUUGAAGGAGGAGGAGGCGGUGGUCGAGUCUAUCGAGCAGCCCGAAGGUAGAAGUUGCGCUGCAGGGGUGGGACUUCAUUUGUGCAGUCGGUCGGAGGUUCAUCUGCGGCUCUGGCUGCAGCUUUCUGCAGACCUUAGUGACGGAAACACACGGACCCCUCUGAGUUAAACAUCAAACCCUCCUCCUCCUCUUCUUCUUCUCCCUCUUCUCCCUCCUCCGGUUGGCCGUAUCUGAACGCUUCCGGAUGCGCUGACCCAGCAGCAGCUCCUCCACCAUCAGCACCAUCAUCAGUGUGAACGCCGUGUCCCUCCCUCCACCUCCCCGGGGUAGAUAAACCCGACCGGCACCGCUGUCAUCGGAUGGAGAGAGCCGCCUGAAGAAGGGAGAGCGGUGGAGUUGGUCUACCCCCCACCUCCUCUUCCUCCUUCCUCUCCACUGCGCCAAAAGAAAACUCCCGGCUGGCUGCAGCACCAUGUCCUCGGCUCAGAGUGGAGAUAUAUCAGGCUACCAUCUGAGUGUGGUGCGUAACCCGCCGGGCUGGGAGGUUGGGCUCUACCUGGUGGGCUUUUUCGUACUGCUGGGCCUGGCUGGGCUUAAUAUCUGGAAGCUGUGGAAAUCUGGAACUUUUCCAACGCCGUCUCCUUUCCCCAAUUUUGAUUAUCGAUAUCUGCAAGAAAAAUAUGGAACCUCCUUCUCGGAAGUGAGACAAAAGAGAGUGGCAGCCAAUAACCACAGGCGAACCUCCACCACAUCCAGCCGUAAGCCUAGUCUGGCCCUUGGCGACACCCCAGAUGGCUUCAGGGACCUGGGCCAUUUGGAGCUAAUGAGUAGAGAGUUGGACCCAUCAGGCAUAGCUCAGCUCAACCGAUCCAUCUCUACCGACUCACUCAGCUCAAUCUCCUCUAUUGCCAACAACUUUGGUAAUGACUUCACUGUUGGCCAGCUGGAGGUGACCCUGGAAUUUGAACCAUCCAAGCACCCGGGCCAGGGGAUGGGAUUGCUCCACAUCACCCUGCACCAGGGCAAAGACCUGCUGGAGAAAGAGGAAGGCGACUUCCCUGGCUGCUUCAUCAGAGUCUCACUGGGGCCAGAGGAGAUUAAUGUGGGAGUGACAAGGGUCCAGACAAAUGCAUUCACCGUGAUCUUCGAUGAGCGCUUCUCCAUCCCCAUGGAUUCUUCCAGCCUGGAGGAGUACAGCCUUCGCUUUGCCGCUUUUGGUAUCGAUGCUGACGAGAGAAAUAUCAGCGCAGGCGUAGCAGAGCUCAAGCUGUCAGACUUGGACCUGACCAUCAGACCAUUCAACGCCUGGCUCUAUCUUCAGGAUGUCAAUAAGGCAGUGGAUGCAGUCGGGGAGAUCUUGUUGUCUCUCAGCUAUUUGCCAACAGCAGAGCGUCUCACUGUGGUUGUGGCUAAGUGCAAGAACCUGGUGUGGACCAAUGGCAAGAACACCGCAGAUCCAUUUGUCAAAGUCUAUCUGCUGCAAGAUGGCAGGAAAAUCAGUAAGAAGAAGACUUCCACCAAGAGGGAUGACACAAACCCCAUUUUCAAUGAAGCCAUGAUCUUCUCUGUGCCGUCGAUCGUUCUGCAGGAGCUCUCUCUGAGGGUGACGGUGGCAGAGGCCACAGACGAUGGCCGGGGUGAGAACCUUGGUCAUGUGAUCAUCGGCCCUGAGGCCAGCGGGAUGGGAAUCACUCACUGGAACCAGAUGCUGGCAACUCUGAGGAAGCCCGUGUCCAUGUGGCACCCUCUGCGCAGGAUCUAGUCACCUCAGAACAUACCUGACCCGAUUCGAGUACAACACUCACUUCUUCAAAUUCCUUUGAACUCUCCCUUUGUUUGUUGCCAUUUUUACAUUGCAUAAGUUAUAUGUCUCUGUAACAGAGACAUUAUCACCCUGGGUUGUGUAUAUAAUAAAUGAGUUUAGUCACCUCUCACUUUCAUUAUUUUGUCUUCAUUCUCUCACCGCGAAAGGGAAUUGGUCUGAAAUCCGACUCCCCUCCAGUGAGAGGACUCGAGUAUGUGGAUGUAUAUAUUGCUGCCUUAAAAGUCGUGAUCAAAUGUUUUAUUUUCAAAUUUGAAAAGGAGCCCGGCCUUGGCAGAUGCACUCCCUCCCUCUGCAUGGUGCGUGCGCUGGUAGAAGCCGAUUGUAAAUGUUUGGAGAAUGAGCUACUGGAUGAGAGGUGAACUUCUUUCUCUUUCAGGAAAAGCACCCAUUUGUCUUUUCCCAUCAGUCACUGAUUGUACCUUCUUAAUUGAAUUGAGAUGGGUUAGCGCUCUUGGAUUUGAUUAUCUUAUAUUUGUUAAUAGUGUGGUUGAUUAACAUUAGCGGUUUUGGUAUGUUCAGUAUUAAUCAUGCUUAAAUCCAGGUACUCUUAUCCAGGUGAAAUAACUGUAAUUUGUAGCAGUGGUUACAGGGUGGUAAAAUCAGAGGUAAUCAGCAUAUAAAUAUCAUACUAUGUUGUUCUACUUUUACCACGAUUAACGCAAUACUAAUUGUAUAAGCAUAUUAGGAUGUGUAAAUACUGCAGUAUAACAUUGUUUUCAUUUAAACUUUUUCUCUUCUGGGUGUAAAAGACAUGUUUUUCAUAUUAUGACUACUAAUAAAAUGCUGAACACCAUUUGUACAACUCUAUAUUAAACACCCAUGUCAUUGGUGAUUGAUGAAUUAUUGUUAUUAAAACACCUCUGGGAAUUUAACCUUUGAUGUGGAGUGUACUAACCCCCUGAAAUGGGUUUAAAGUUUCUUUUACGUUAGAGGAAACAUCUUGAUAUCCUGCGUGGUUUUCACUGGCCACUUGUUACAUUCAUUAUAGCUGUUGUUGUUAAAACUGCCCAGAAACAUCCCUGGCCAAAAGCAGGUGGUGGUGGUGGGCGGGGCUGGGUGUUAAGUGGAAAUAAUGCCGAAACAUUCAAAUGAAGACAGUGUGACAAGAACCUCGUGAAGGUCAGGAUGUCAAGAUGGCUUUUGAUCAGUCUCAGACAUUCUCUACAACAUUGUGCAACAGUGCUUCUGAAUGUGAAUUAUCAUGUGACGCAGCCGCUAACAAUCUUUUGGAUUUCUUUCUUUUUUCAGACAUGUUUUAGGUCAAAUUAUGAUUUAUAACCUCACUUUGAACACACCUGUGGUCAUGUAAUGGGCAAAAGUUUCCUACUGUGCCAAAUAAUGAAGCAAUAUUUUCAUUUACAGUCAACAUUGGCAUUCAGUUUGAUGAAGUUGUAACUAACAUUCAGCCAUGCAUGAAGUUAUUUAGCAUUUGAUGUGAAUGUGCCUCAUUAAUAAAAUGUAUUGUGUGAAUGCCGUUUGAAAUAAAAAGUGAUUCAACAGUUACUCAUGAGCCACUUUAUCGUCAUGAC